CGACAAUUCAAGUCGUAUUCGGUGACACACGUGGUGCCGCCACCAUCGCCGCUAUCGCUCGCACUGCCUGCCCCCCUCGAAAUCGUGUCCAUGAUGUUAUCUUCGUCCUACAACGCCUACAAGCCAAUUCCAGAUACCCCACCACCUCGCUUUGAUCACGUUCAGGCAACGCGGUCAUGGCGCAUCCAAGUGGCCUUGAUCAACUCGAUGGAAUUCGCGGCCGAAUCCUCGCGCGGGAUUGUCAUGCCCACCCUCUUCCUCUACUGCCAGUCUGUAGGCGGCACCCUUGCUGACAUGGGAAUCCUCAUGUCGAUCUUCAGCAUCGGUCGACUGGUAUCGUCGAUGGUGUUUGGGUACCUAUGUGACCGCCCUGGCGCGUCCUUUCGCUUUGUGUACAUGGUAUCCUUGGCAAUCGGCGUGGUUGGGAACAUCAUGUACUUGCUCGCGGACUCCCAUGUGGCCAACAGCAAGACGCUUCUCGUCGUUAGCCGCUUCAUCGUGGGAGUCGGCGCUGGAAACCGAAGCGUCUGCCGCGCAGACAUCGCGCGCCUCACGUCCAUGGACCAGCGUUUGACGUACUUGACGCUGCUGAGCACAGUAGUGUUCCUAGGGUAUGCCCUCACACCUGGGCUGGGUGAAGUGUUUGUAGGUGUGAAUUUCACCCUCGUUGGGGGGAUUUCGAUUCACGAGCUCAAUGACCCAGGGCUGGUCAUGGCCGCAUUCGAUUUCGUCCUAGCCAUAUGCAUGUGGCGCGGAUACAGCGAAGUUCUUCAUGCAUCGAUCCCCCCUCCAUCAUCCAUGGACACGAGUAGUAUGAAUGUCGUCGUGCAUGCCCCCACCGAAGGCAGCAACACGACUGGCGACGACGUCGUCGACGAGGAACUGUCCACUCGUUUGUUUUACUUUGGAGUCGCGGUCUUUGUCGGGCUCAACAUCAUUGGGCGUGGCGUCCUUUCCAUUUUUGAAACCAUCAGUGUGCCUCUGUACUUGGACGUGACUCGGUUGUCUGGGGACCAAGCAGUGGCGUCUGCAUCUGCGUUCCAGUUCAAUAUGGGGCUGCUAGGGCUGCUCAGCUACCUCGCCAUCAUGGUAUGUCGCCGCAAAGUUGCCGAUAGCGGUUGGCUACUCCUUGGGCUGGCGGCCAUGGUCGUCGGCAACGGCCUGCUCUUCUUUUUGUGGCCGCUGUCGUUCAACGAGAUGGCCCUCGGUAUCUUUUUCGUGUGGAGCGUCGGCAGUCCGCUGAUUACGACGGUGUCUCUCGCCGCAUUUUCCAAGAUCCUGGGCUCCCGGCAACAAGGCACGUGGAUGGGUAUCCUCGGCUCCUCCGCCUCGAUGAGUCGCAUUGUGCUGCCGCUGCUCCCCGCCCUCUUUGACACUUUCGCCCCGUUGUUUGUCGUCAGUUUGAUCAUGGCUGUCGUUGGCAUGGCGUCUUUGCACGGGUUUCACACGCUGGUGACGCAGGCCAAAGCGAAAAGGGCCAACAGAGAACGAGUUUAACCUUGUUUUUUUGUUGACAAGUCCUUUGUGCUGUGAUAGCAACGCGUGCCCAUGCAGCUACUGUAUGCAACUGUACAAAUGAACAGUAAUCGCGGCUAAUACGAGUAACAAUGGUUCGGGCUAACGUUA